AUGCCAUUGGAGCUGGAACAGGCACUGGUCCAUGUGCUACCACUGGGAAAGGCAAAGGACGCUCUAUUCACUGGAGCAGCUGAUGUCCCUUCAGGGAAACUGUCCAGCCCUGAAGCUGCCCGGCAGCUUUUCAGACACUUUCAGUACCAGGUGGUGUCUGGGCCUCACGAGACCUUAAUGCAACUUCGGAAGCUCUGUUUCCAGUGGCUGCAGCCAGAGGUUCACAGCAAAGAGCAGAUCCUGGAGCUCCUCAUGUUGGAGCAGUUCCUGACCAUCCUGCCUGGGGAGAUCCAGAUGUGGGUGCGCACACAGCGUCCCAGCAGUGGAGAGGAGGCUGUGACGCUAGUGGAGAGCUUGAAGGGUGACCCACAGAGACUGUGGCAGUGGAUCAGCAGCCAGGUACUGGGACAGGAAAGCUCACCAGAGAAGGUGGAAUCUGCAAGUUGCCAAGUAAGGGAGGAAGAGUCCAGUCUUGAAGUGGUGCCUCAGGAGCUGGGACUUGAGAAUUCAACCUCAGGGCCUGGAGAGCAACUGAGCCACAUCAUCAAAGAGGAAGCUGACACUGAGCCUGAAUUCGUAAUAACUGCUCCCCAGCUUCUUGCCCAAUCUGAGGAAAGGCUCUUCAGCAACCAGGACUCAAGAGGCUCCCUUCUCCAAGCAUCAUCUCAGGAACAAUGGAGAUACCUGGAUUCUAUUCAGAAGGAGCACUUUUGGAACCUCAUGCUGGAGAACUAUGGGAAAAUGAUCUCAGGAGGUACUUCCAGUCCAAAACCUGACUCAGCUAAUUCAGCAGAGUAUGGAGAAGAGCUGGCAGAACUCCCCCUUGAUGCCACUGAGAAAAUUCUACCAUCCACCUACAGUGGAGACAAACAGGAGAAUGGCAAAGAGAAUGUAAACUUGGAAACCUAUUGGGAUCAGAAGCCUCCAGCUGCUCUUUGUUACAUCUCAGGAGAGGCCUCUUCUCAGGAUUCUUUGAAUGGCUUCUUUGGUGAAAAUGAACAAAGAUGUUUUACAGAAGAUUAUCUCACUAAGGUACAGGGACACAUCCAAAGUGAGGAAAGAAGGAAACAGCUGUCUUCUCAGGAAAAGGUUCCUGCUAAACAGGUCAACCAGGAUUUGCCUGAUUCUCACCCAAGAUACCUAACUGCACUGUUGUUCAAGCAGAAGCAACAGACCCCCCAGAAGGACCAAUUGAGACCUCCGAUGACCCAGAAGCUUCUCACCUGCAGAGAGUGUGGGAAAACCUUCAGUAGAAAUUAUCAGCUUGUGGUUCACCAGAGAACUCAUACUGGAAAGAAAUAUUUUCAGUGCCCCACCUGCAAGAAAGCCUUUCUAUGGAGUUCAGAUUUUGUGAAGCAUCAGAGAAUACACACCAGAGAGAAACCUUGCAUAUCUGAUCAUUGUGGGACAGGCUUCAGUGACUUUUCUGGAUUACACCACCAUGAGAAGAUCCACAUGGAAGAGAAAUCGUAUAAAUGUCCCAUCUGUGAAAAGAUGUUUAGCAACAAGUGUGCCUUAAACAGACACCACAGUGUACACACAGGAAAGAAACCCUAUAAAUGUUCUCUUUGUGAAGAAAGUUUCAGCUACAUGUCUACCUUAAAUAUUCAUCAGCGGGUACAUACAGGAGAGAAACCCUAUAAAUGUCCUCUCUGUGAAAAGAGCUUUACUCAUAUGGGCCACUUUAAUAGACACCAGUGGGUCCACACAGAAGAGAAACCCUAUAAAUGUCCCAUCUGUGAAAAGAGAUUCAUUGAGAGAUCCAAAUUUUAUAGACAUCUGCAAGUCCACAAAGGAGAAAACAUGUAA